GCCUACCAGUUAUCUACAUACCUGUUUGUGUCCUCCAGUCUAUCUCCGAUUUUACGCACAUUCGAUUUUAAAACUGAGUGCUGUUGCCUGUUCUGCCAAAUGAAUAUGCAACCCGAUAAGUCAAUACUAAGACUGUUUCAGUCCUUUCGCUUACCAGCACUUCAGCUUCAUACAACUGGGGCCUUAAUGGGGGCAACUGUCGAGGACUUUAAUCACGCCAAGGACAAGCUCAGCAAACUGAAAAAGGACCCUGGCAAUGAAGUCAAAUUGAAAAUAUAUGCACUUUUUAAACAGGCCAUGCAGGGUCCCUGCAAUAUUCCAAAGCCAAGCAUGCUGGACUUCGUCAACAAGGCCAAGUGGGAUGCCUGGAAGUCUCUUGACAGUCUAUCACCGGAGGAGGCCAGGCAGAAGUACGUAGACCUUGUAGAGUCCCUGGUGGCUGCAGAAACACCGGCGCAGCCAAAAACGUCAUCCACGGGGGGCCAGGCUACGUUUGAGACACUGCUUGUGACCACGGAGGACAACAUCACCACCAUUGUCAUGAACAGACCAGAGAAGAAGAACGCCAUUACUGUCUUGAUGUACAAUGAAAUUAAGCAAGCCCUGGAGCUGGCAGCUAAUAAUGACUGUGUCAUAACUGUACUGACAGGCAGUGGUAAUUUUUAUUCCAGUGGAAAUGACCUGAAUAACUUCACAAACAUUCCAGCUGGAGGUGUAGAGAAAAUGGCAAAGGAUUCAGGAGACUUACUCAGAGAAUUUGUCGAGACUUUCAUUGACUUUCCUAAGCCUCUGAUUGCUGUGGUUAAUGGCCCUGCCGUAGGAAUUGUGGUCACCUUGCUCGGACUCUUUGAUGUAGUCUACGCCACCGACAGGGCUACAUUUCACACACCCUUUAGCCAGCUAGGUCAGAGUCCAGAAGGAUGUUCCUCUUACGUCUUCCCCAAGAUCAUGGGCAACGCAAAGGCCAAUGAGAUGCUGCUGUUCAAUAAGAAGCUCACAGCCCAUGAAGCUUGUAACCUGGGCCUGGUCACGGAGGUCUUUCCAGACAGCACUUUUCAGAAGGAGGUGUGGACUCGGCUGAAAGAGUACGCCAAGCUUCCCAAGAAUUCUUUGGCCUUUUCCAAACAGCUGAUCCGGGGGAUUGAAAAGGAGAAACUACACCUUGUCAAUAACCAGGAGUGUGAGAGACUUGUGGAGAGAUGGCUCUCUGAUGAGUGCAUGAAUGCAAUUAUGAGCUUCUUUCAAGCAAAGUCAAAGUUGUAGUGAGCAAUAGCAGGUUUUCACAUGCGCAAAAGCUGUAAUUGCAUGGCAGGACAAAAGUCCACUUGUUAAGCAGCUUUCUGAAAGAAUAAUGAACCUACUCACAACUAUUUGCGCAUUAAAGUGUAGUGCCUUCCACUGUAUGUUUACGUGCCCCUUAAAUGAAGAAAGUCAUAAUUGUUUUUAAAAACACAAUUUGUAGAAACGCCUGUCUAUUUUUACAUUUUACAGUGGAGCUGUGUACCCUGUGUUUUUUUAAACUUUAUGAAGUAUGCAGGCUAAUGUAAUGUCUGAUAUGCGAACACUAGGUAACAGUGUUAUCUUAAAAAAAUAUGAUCAAAAGAUAUUUCAAGGUAAAUAUAAUAAGGUAAUGAAUUUAAAGAGUUGCCACAAUGUUAUUUAAGCAAUGCCCUCUGUCAAAUUCAGGAUUAAAGUAAUUAACAGUUAUACAUUUUGCAAAAAGUACUAAAAUUAGUUCUUAGUUAUCACUAUAAUUGAUUUGUCUGGCAGUUUUAUGAACCGUUGUAUUCCAUAUUAUAAUAAUGUUCAGUUUGUUUUUUUCACCUAAAAUGUACUGUAUACAUUUGAAUGAAGACAACCUAUUCUGAA